UUUAAAUAAUUUUAUUUCAGAAGCAACAGGCUGGUUCCGAAUGCGGAAGUGGGCGUGGAGUCCCACCGGAAGUUGUAAUGUUCUGCGUUGAAUGAGAAGCAGAAAAACGUUCAAACGUGACCACGCCGAGCAGAGAAAAUACAAAUUAUAUCAAGAUCCGAUUCAUUGUGUUAGCAUGGCUGAUGAUGAAGGAUUUGUCGUCCGUGUUCGGGGUUUGCCUUGGUCGUGCUCUGUAGAAGAAGUGUGCAGGUUUUUUUCAGGCAGCAAAAUUGCCAACAAUGGAACAGCCGUCCACUUUACCUACACACGAGAAGGCAGACCGAGUGGAGAAGCAUUUGUGGAGUUGGAGUCAGAGGAAGACCUGAAAAUUGCAAUCAAAAGAGACAGAGAAACAAUGGGGCAUAGAUAUGUGGAAGUAUUCAAAUCAAACAAUGUGGAAAUGGACUGGGUUAUGAAGCACACAGGCCCAAACUGUCCAGAGACUGAGGGAGAUGGACUGGUCAGAUUGCGCGGCCUUCCUUUUGGAUGUAGCAAGGAAGAAAUUGUGCAGUUUUUCUCAGGGUUGGAAAUCGUGCCAAAUGGGAUAACAUUGCCGGUGGACUUCCAGGGGAGGAGUACAGGGGAGGCCUUCGUGCAGUUUGCUUCACAGGAAAUAGCUGAAAAGGCUCUAAAGAAACACAAGGAAAGAAUAGGGCACAGGUAUAUUGAGAUCUUUAAGAGCAGCCGAGCUGAAGUGCGGACAAAUUCUGAACCCCCACGUAAAGGUGUGGGCAUGCAGAGACCUGGGCCCUACGACCGACCCAGUGGAGGAGGCCGGGGCUACAACGGCAUGAGUCGUGGGGGAUCCUUUGAUCGGGUGCGACGUGGAGGAUACGGUGGAGGAGUGUCAGAUGGACGUUACGGUGAAGGUGGUAAUUUUCAGAGUACCACAGGCCAUUGUGUUCAUAUGAGGGGACUACCUUACCGGGCAACAGAACCCGAUAUCUACAAUUUUUUCUCUCCUCUGAACCCGGUGCGUGUGCACAUUGAGGUUGGUCCAGAUGGGCGAGUAACUGGCGAGGCUGAUGUGGAAUUUGCGACUCAUGAAGAUGCAGUGGCUGCCAUGUCAAAGGACAAAGCAAACAUGCAACACCGUUAUGUUGAAUUGUUCUUAAACUCAACAGCCGGGGGCAGUAAUGGGGGCUACGGAGGGCAGAUGAUGGGGGGAAUGGGAAACCAGUCGUCUUAUGGACAUGGAGGGCAGCAGAUGGGUGGAGGCUACACUGGAGGAUACAGCAACCAGUCCAGCAUGGGAGGCUACAGUGACUACAAUAGCCAGGGUGGAAUGAACAACAGUUAUUAUGGUGGCAGCCGUGGAUCAGUCGGCAUGAAUGGCAUGGGAGGGGGCUGGGGCAUGUAGAUGCUCCUGAAAAAAAUUAUUUGAGUGUUGGGUUGUCUCGAUUUUGCUGAGGCCUUCUGGUUUUUGUUCUUUGUGACGAUGACUAUGGGAAGAAUCAGAUUCACUCCUUGUUCACCUGUACUUUGAACCUUGGAAUCCGUAUUAUAUUUCCUGCAAUUCCUGAGUUGAAGGGUCAGCCGUUGAGCUCAAGUCAUGGCGAUUGUCCUCUAACCCACUAGUCAUGCUUGUAAAUAUCCUCCAGAUAUAUCGUUCAGAGACUGUAGAACGCCGGCCUCACAUGGCACAAGGUGCUGCAUCUCAACUUUUUUUUAUAAUGCGAAAAGAACUUUGUUGAAAAUGAUUUUUCUUUUUUAAACUGGAAAUGUUUUUGUUUUUUUGUCUGGCUGCUUCACAAGGUGCAUAUUUUAAUUUUCAUUAUUGUAGAUGUCACAAUCCCCUCUGUUGGUUUGUCUUUAAUUUCUCAUGGUUAAUAAAUAUUCACCAAUGUAUUGUUUCUGCUUUAUGCAAA